CUAUUUAAACGCGAGCACGCGACGCAGGGUCUCAUCUCCGCUGGCUCCGUUUUGAUCGAGAUUUUUUUUCUUUUUUCCCUUCACCUUCUCAACGCGAUGGCCGAGACAGUUGUGCUCAAGGUUGGCAUGUCCUGUCAAGGAUGUGUUGGUGCCGUCAAGAGAGUCCUCACCAAAAUGGAAGGUGUGGAGACAUUUGACGUGAACAUUGAUGAACAAAAGGUAACAGUGAAAGGUAAUGUAACACCAGAUGCUGUUCUACAAACUGUUUCAAAGACGGGGAAGAAAACCUCCUUCUGUGAGGCAGAACCAGAGACCAAAGAAGCUCCCGCUGCUCCCACUGCUGCUCCCUUCAAGUGGAGACCCUAUUCACCACCGGAGCUCGAUAUGCAUACUCUUGCACCUAUUUGUCGAGAUAGUUCUGACUUGUGGAGAGCCAGAGUUCCAUUGAUAUGUUAG